CGUUUUUCUGAUUGGAAUCCUGAACCGGAGCCGAACCAAAAUUUACACUCGAAAUCGGAAAAAGGAAUUUUCAGAUUCAAACUUGCUUGACGAACGCAUCGAAGAAUUGCGUGAAGAUUCGAAACGAGAAGGAAGAAGAAGAUGUCUGUGCAGGAGUACUUAGACAAGCACACACUCUCUCGGAAAAUUGAGGAUGCCGUCAACGCCGCCGUUAGGGCUAAAACCUCAGAUCCCGUUCUCUUCAUCGCUAAUCACAUGAAGAAAGCAGUACCAUCUGUGAUAACGAAGGUCAAAGCACGGCAGAUCCUCGAUAGCAGAGGGAUUCCAACAGUUGAAGUGGAUCUUCACACUAACAAAGGCGUCUUUCGUGCUUCUGUUCCCAGUGGCGACUCCUCUGGAACAUACGAAGCUAUUGAAUUACGUGAUGGAGACAAAGGAAUGUAUCUGGGAAACAGUGUGGCUAAAGCUGUUAAGAACAUCAAUGAUAGAAUCUCUGAGGCGUUGAUCGGUAUGGACCCUAAACUUCAGGCUCAGAUCGACCACGCUAUGAUAGACUUGGACAAAACUGAAAAGAAGAAUGAGCUUGGGGCUAAUGCUAUACUAGCUGUUUCCAUUGCUGCAUGUAAAGCUGGAGCUGCUGAGAAAGAGGUCCCUCUAUGCAAGCACCUCUCUGAUCUUAGUGGCCGAGCAAACAUGACGUUACCGGUACCUGCCUUCACUGUUUUGAGUGGCGGCAAUCAUGCUUCGAACCAUUUUGCCAUUCAGGAAAUUAUGAUUCUCCCAGUUGGAGCAAGUAGAUUUGAGGAGGCCCUGCAAUGGGGAUCUGAGACAUAUCAUCAUUUAAAGGCUGUUGUUACUGAAAAGAAUGGUAAUAUGGGGUGUAAUGUUGGUGAAGAUGGUGGCCUUACUCCAGAUAUCUCAAGUCUCAAGGAAGGUUUGGAGCUUGUGAAAGAAGCUAUCAACCGAACAGGAUACGGUGAUAAGAUAAAGAUAGCUAUUGAUGUUGCUGCCACUAAUUUUUGUAUAGGUACCAAGUAUGAUCUGGAUAUCAAAUCUCCUAAUAAAUCUGGGCAAAAUUUCAAGUCAGCGGAGGAUAUGAUAGACAUGUAUAAAGAACUUUGUGCUGAGUAUCCCAUUGUGUUUAUAGAAGACCCGUUUGACAAGGAAGAUUGGGAACACACCAAGUAUUUUUCCAAUCUCGGAAUUUGCCAGGUGGUAGGUGAUGAUUUGUUGAUGUCAAAUUCAAAACGUGUUGAGCGAGCAAUACAGGAGUCUGCUUGUAACGCCCUACUUCUCAAGGUGAAUCAGAUUGGUACAGUAACAGAAGCGAUUGAAGUAGUGAAACUGGCAAGGGAUGCCCAGUGGGGUGUGGUGACAUCACAUAGAUGUGGAGAAACAGAGGACUCUUUCAUCUCCGACUUAUCCGUGGGUCUUGCAACAGGUGUUAUCAAAGCUGGUGCUCCUUGCAGAGGAGAACGUACCAUGAAGUAUAACCAGUUGCUUCGGAUUGAGGAAGAGCUUGGGGAUCAAGCUGUGUACGCCGGAGAAGACUGGAGGCAAACUCUCUAAACAAGUGAAUUAUGUGAUAUAUAACUGUUACAAAUUUUUGUCUCGUCUUGCUGCGAUGCAUUCGAGUCUGGUUUUCUUACGCAGACGGGUUUCUGUGUCUCGAAAGUAACAUUUUGUUAUUUUUUGUCUUUGGCUUGCAAGUUUGAAGAACAAAACAAGAAGAAAUUGGUAAACAUGUCUUUUUUCAAA